UCUCCUGACCCGCCGUAGGUGCUAGCAGCGCAUAUGCUAGGCAUUCAAACUACUCGUGUGUUGUGAAGCAGUGCUUUAGUUUUUGUUUAAAGAGCGAAGAAAGUGUGAGAAUGUUUCUUCAAUCAACAAAUCCCGUCAACCCCAUUGUCUUCUUCGACAUAACCAUCGCGGGGCAGGAUGUCGGACGCAUGAAGAUGGAGCUGUUUGCUGAUGUGGUUCCAAAGACGGCUGAGAAUUUCCGGCAGUUCUGCACUGGAGAGUUCAGGAAGGAUGGAGUCCCGAUUGGUUUCAAAGGUUGCACAUUCCACAGGGUGAUCAAAGACUUUAUGAUACAAGGAGGAGACUUUGUAAAUGGUGAUGGGACUGGUAUUUGUAGCAUCUACAGAGGUCCAUUUGCAGAUGAGAACUUCAAAGUAAAGCACAGUGUGGCUGGUCUUCUGUCCAUGGCAAACAGUGGCCCAGGGACAAAUGGCUGUCAGUUUUUCAUUACCUGCACUAAAUGUGACUGGUUAGAUGGGAAGCAUGUUGUUUUUGGGAAAGUGGUCGAUGGUUUGCUGGUCAUGAGAAAAAUUGAGAAUGUUCCUACGGGACCCAACAACAAGCCCAAACUCACCAUUGUCAUUGCACAGUGUGGAGAGAUGUGAUCCAGAACCGCACCACCUCAGUGUCCAGGAAGUAGUGUCUCACUCUAACUUGAUACACCUCAACAAACAUCAACCCAUAUAGUUUUUCCUGUAUGGAUGACUUUAUAAAGUAAUGGCAGUAUAAAGAUCGGCAGUACAUCAUUUCUGCAAUUUUCUGAGUUUGGUAUAACUUACACCACGUUAACUGCUGCAUCCAAACCCAGAUAAGAUUAUUCUUAUCUCAGGUGGGUUUUGGAACUGACAAAAUGUGCUAACUAUAUGGAUUUAAAAUUCAAUUUCCAAAACUUCAUGUUCAACACUCUUGUUGUUUAUCUGAUUCCAAAUGAAGACAAAUUUGUGUAUGCUGUUGUAAAAAGACAAACAAGAAAGUCUAAGUCCGAAGACAAUUAUUCUUGGCAUGUGAAGCAUUUUUAUUCAGUCACUCUGUGUAUAAUUUGUGAUCAAUAAAUUGUUUUGCAUUUUUAUAAACCCCUG